GUUCAGCCCCAAGAAUCGAUGGAAAUGAAGAAACAGGAGUCAAUAACUCAACGACUAAAAAAACAACAACUAUCGAAGGGACCGUUGCAGAACAAACAACGUCAAAGACAAUCAAAACCAGAGGGAUGAUACUGGAUGAAUUAAGAAACCGCACAACUGUCGUGGAUAUCAAGAACCACCCUUAUAUUGUUUCCAUCCAGAAGGAGAUGAUCCAUUCCUGUUGCGGUACCAUCAUCAGCAGCUCCUGGAUCAUGACGACUUCGCGUUGCUUAACACAACCAGGCUCCGAUGUGCAACUAGUAGACACCACCAAAAUCGCUGUAGUAGCUGGACAAUCCCAACUCGGCCUCGGCAAAAUGCAGUUGAGGAGAGCCAAGAAUCUGUUCCUUCACAACCGGUUCGUCAAGAAGAUGUUACUAAACGACAUCGGCAUGAUAAAUUUGUACGAACCCUUCGAACUCAACGAUUAUGUUAACGUGGUUCUCUUAGCAUCUUCAAUCAGUAAACCCUAUAAGUUCUUCAGUUCUUGUUACGUGAUAUCUUGGACUGUGUACAGGAAAGACUUCCUCAGCUUUGACAAGUUGAGGGCUGAAGAUGAGAAGACCAAGAAGUUGUUCAAAGUGCCUGAACUGCAGCAGAUUGACCUACCAACCAUAACUUAUGAGGAAUGUUGUGAUCGUAUUGAAGCAAAGGACUUCAUCACCAGAAAUCAAAUAUGUACGGAAUACGGAACUUUGAAAAAUAUAUCUUGCCCUGCAGACGCAGGCAGCCCCUUGAUAUGCGGUGAGAGGCAGUAUGGGAUAUUUUCAUGGGGUAUUGGUUGUGAAGAUGAUGAUUAUCCUGGAGUUUUUACCAAGGUAUCUUCGUUCAGAAAAUGGAUCAAUAACAUCGAAAUGGACCCAAAUGUUUACAUUUUUAGAAAUAAGGGUGUUUUAGGGAUUCGCUUGAAACAUUCGAUAAUUAUCCUCGUAGAAAUGUUCAUUUUCAUAAUGAAAUAAAUG